ACCCUGGAAAAAAGCAAGCAGACCUCUCUAAGGAACCCCACUGCCUAGAUACCACGUACCCAUAAUCCUUGGUAUACUUGGCCUUGGCUGAUACCUCCAUCCCCCAGAUCCAUUUGGGUUUGCAUCAGACCUUUUGGAUUACAGAAUUUUUCUCCUAAGACGAUCAUUCUUAUUUGACUUGACAGAAAAAGUUGUUUUCCGAGGAGUCUUCUCUCCAUGUUACCCUUUGAGAUGACUGCCUGGAUGGCACAGGUGCUGUGCUUGGCCUGUGAACCAAGAAGAUGUGUUCUGCCCUACAGAAGCUGGUGACCCAGAGGAAGAAGAGACAAAUCUGGAUCGACCUUGCAUCCUUUCUCUGCUUUCCAAACAAAUCCGAAUGUUCGGACAUGAACUUGACAGUGUUCAUCUCACCGUUGCCCUGGAGACAUCUGGACACGUGCUCGGGGUUUCCAGUUCUGUCCAUCCUGCAUCGUGUGGUCCUAAGUCUUGGAUGGGCUCCCAUUGGUGAUCACAGGCACACACGUCUGUUAGGUCUGCGUAUGGUCUGUGGCUUUGCUGGCUUUGACCCUUUUAGGACCCAGGGUGCAGAGGCAGCAGCUGGAGAAUGUUCUUCCCAUCGUGGACGGCAGGAGCUCAAGAAAGGUUGCUUCCUUCGAGUUUUCCCUGUUAAGCUUCACCUUGGCGUGGUCCAUACGGAAGGCAGAAUCAACCCCACUCACAGGCCUCCACCAAGGCUGCUGCGGGUCUAUCAGCUUGUUCCCCGGGAGUUCAGGAGCCUCCUCAGACCUUCCCGAGGGUCCUCCAGCGAGUCCUCAGUCUCAGCUCUCACAGGUAUGAAGGGGAUCACAGGCUUUUACCUUUUUAAGCUUAUGAAGAAGGCAGCUCCUUUUCUUUACGUCAAGAAGUAGCGCGUCUUCUUAAAAGCCAACCAAUGACUUUGUGCGAGAUCCCGUCUGGACAGACAGUUCUGUAAAGAACCCACACAAAAGUCGGUUCUUUUGUAUCCAUUCCUGAUCUCCUGGUAAUGAAAACAGGUUUGGGCAAGAUCUCCCUCACAGGAUCUUACUAAUUCAGAAGCCCCUGGACUCAUGCCUUCAUCAUCUUCCAUACAGAUAUUAACUUUCAAAAUCCCUAAGCUGUAGCUUAUUCUGAGUCCCAUAGCCCAUUGCAUAUACUUUAGCAAUCAUAGGGGGCAAUAAAAAUGCUUUUGGUGUGAACCUAGCUUAGUGUGUUUGAAGCACCAUAUGAUGCAGGCGAGGUCCCUAAAAUAGAUGAGCGCAGACUCGUAUGCUUUCAGAGGGACCGUCCCUGUGGCUUGCUCUGUCGUUGGUAGAUAAAUGCAAUUUAACCUGCUUGAGCAUUUUUGACGUCCAGUUGAAGGGGCUUGGACUGUACAUAGCCUCGGAGCCUGGAACUUCCCCUGGGCUGGGAAUAUGGAAAACACAGCAGCUCCGUCAGAUCGUUUAACUUGUCUUGGGAUCCUGCUCUCAAUAUUGGUAGUCGUCUAACGUGACAUAUCUGCAAUUAAAGGGUGAUGUCAGUUGACACGAUGCCACAGAGGCCAGUUAAACACUGUUCCUUAGAACAUAAGAGCAGGAGUCAAUCCCGAAAACAUUGGUAGUGGUCCAGAGACUGAGUCACUUGGCCGUCUCAGAGCGUCUACGCUAGCUGGAGCAUGUCAGGAAGCCCAGGUUCCCUUCUCACCGUGGAAGCAGGAACGCAAGACGCAGGGAGAUGUACUUUGAAAAGAACGCCCUGCUCUGGGGGACCUGCUCUUUCUUUCCCUCACGACUCAGGUCUCAUCUUCUUUGUGGAUCUUAACCCCGGUACUGCAGCUCUCCGGCUGUGCUGGGCGGGAAAAAGAAAUACUGCACGUCCGCAUUAUUUCUUUACUCAGCGUGCUUUUAGGUGC